AGUCGCGCGUCAUGUUUUCAAAUUCCCAGCAACAGUGCUGAAAACUAGGUACUAAACCUACCUUAGUAGUUGCUUCAUGCGUUUUCUACAUGACGAUGUCAUCAAAUUUGCCCGUGGACGUAAACAAAAUAAGUCUUGUUCUUUUGGUAUUUUGUCAUUUUUCGGUAUAUGCUGAUGAUGUAGACCAGGCGUGUCAAACGUGGGGUCCAAUUCGGCCACCUAGCGGGGUUGGUUUAACCCGACGGUCACAUUGUAGCUCAUUCAUGCUGGCUACAACUAACGAUUAAAAAAAAAUCGAUUAAUCAGACGAUUAAUUAAACGAUUCUGGUAAAUGUCACAUUUUUUAAUUACCUUCACAAUUUAACUUGAAGUUAUUUUAGGCAUGUUGCAAGUAACAAUGAAGACCAAAUGGAUGAUUUAUUUCCUUAAAAAAUAUUUUAUUAUAGCUUUCUGACUUAACUGUAGUUUAGAACAACUGUUUUAAGUACAUAAAACUUGUUAAAGUUUUUAAUAAAGGUUCUGCGUAAAAAGCAUUAAAAGAAAUUCUCGGUACACAAGGCAAAAGUCAUGUUAAUUCAAAUAAAGUUCUAGUGAUUGACAUUUUUUAGGAUUUGGUCAGAACGCUGAUAUAAAUUGUGUCUGACUCAUGUAUUUUCUUUAAACAAACUAAACAACAUAAAAUAAGGAGGAGGCAGACUAUAAUGAAUCCGUUUUCUUUAUCAAAACAGUUGUUGAUAAAUACUGGUACAAUCUAAAUCCAAUUUCAAAGCACACGACACUCGUAUGACAAUUUAAAGUUUGGAUGGGAGUUUGUGUAGAAAGGAGACUAAGCUGGUAUAUAAAGUGGUUAUCUGUGUGGUUUCUUUAUAAAUACAAAUUAAGACAACUAUCGAACAAUAAAGGCUGAUUUAUGCUUCUGCGUAGCGGGGACAGUGGACCAAUGCCGUUAACGCAGACCCGAUUUAACGAUCCUACGCCGUAGCCUGACGUGCACCUCCAUAAUAUCGUGACGUCACGUCUAGGGCUGUCGGAAACGACUCAUUUUCUCCCGAUUAGUCAGCCGACUAUUUGUACGAUUAGUAGACUCAUAGACUUCAUAAUGGGAUUGACGGGUCAGAUCGGUCAUGCACUGUGCCUCGCAUUCAAGUAGGUGGCCGCCCACAUCAAGAUGAGCUAUUCACAAACACGCAGCGAUCUUAUGCUGGAUUUUUAGAGGCGUGCAAAAUUUCCGAUUCUUAGAUUAUUCGCGAUUCGGCCGUGGAAGAUUCGAGAACGAUUCACAAAUAUCCAAAUUCCGAUGAUUGAAUUAUACCAGGUAAAGUGGAAGUAAAACACAGUCAGCGCGGUCUUUGAGACACAAUGAGGAACGGACCGAGAGUAAAUAUCAUGUUUAACUCAUGCCGCGAGAUAAAAAAACAAUUAUACCUGACAGCCGCUACAAACAACGCCCAGUUGCUAGUUGCCACAAACAUACGGCUACAGUAGAUAUCCUAUAUAUGUAUAACUAGAUGCAAAAUAACAGGCGACGUCGAUGUUGGAACAUGUAUUAUUGAAUAGAGAUGCGAAAUGAUGAAAUCGUUUUAAAACUUUGCCUAAAGUAGACAGAAGGGAAAUUGUGGAAUAAAGGGGGCAAUUUUAACAACUGUAACAGUUGAUUCACAACAUUAAAUUAUUUGAAUGUAGUUUAAAGCUGCUAAUACAGAAUGGGGACUGGAGUUUUUUAUUUACUGUUAUUUUUGUAUAUGUACUGUUAUAUGUUAACUUGAUACUGAAAUAGUAGUUUGGUUAAAGGGUAUGACAACACCUGGGGAAAUGCUGAUAUUCCAUCACUUAUCCAUCAACGCAUGCCUUUUGAAUUCAUAUCAUGCCACUUCGUGUUUGAAUUCAUAUCAUGCCACUUCGUGUAAUUACACACAUCGCAACACCAAGAAAAUGACAAAAUUAGGUCGAUUGUCAAGCUAAAACGCCCCGCCCCCGAGAUGCCGGAAAUCUAGCAUAUUGUGUGCGUGACGUCACUAUAAGGAAACAACCGGCUCAGUGCUUAGUACUGAAUGGCGGCGAUGAUGGCGGACAAUUUUGUUUCUAGUUGCAGCGAUGAAUCCGACGUAACGAACAUUCUUCUAAUGGUGACGAGGAGAGUUAUGAACCUUCCUUUGGUGUUUUGGGUUAUCAAUUUGAGCCCAAACGAAAGCCAAUGCAGCCUAAUGAAAGGAUCAUUGAGAGGAGCAAUCACACUGAUGAAACACCGGCAACAUCGGCUGGGAAACAUCGAAUGGUUUGUUUUGCAUUUCUUUUUGUGAAGCUGAUACACCGUGACCGCAAAAUAAUGUAUAGAAUAAUUAUCAUUUAAUGUGCUAUCGUCGGUUUUCGCUCUGCCAACCGACACAAAUAUGAAUGGGAUUAGAGGAUUUGUUCUUUAUAUUUUACGAGCGAUAAUUUAUACAUGUGUCCAGUCCUAUAUCCAAUGCGUGAUGUUUUUUAUUAUAAAAGAGUACUCACUCUGGCCAUUUCCCUCCUUUGCUUUGCCUGGGGUGGUCUCAUCAGAGCCAGUCAUCGUCCUCUUUCUUGUUAUCUUGGGACAUUUAGGUGGUUGCGCGUGUAGGUGGGCACCGCAUCUGCUUUCAGCAGCAAUUUCUUAGCAAAACCUGAUUUCAUUUGUCCAUAGUUCGUGUAGCUUUCAGGUGUAAAAUGCGCACCACACAAAACCGUGCCGGAGGCUGGGUCUGCAAAAUUAGCCCUCUUAGCACGGACGAACUUUACUCAUUGUCUGCGUAGUCCAGCUCUUUUUCUAGCGUUCGGAAACUCAUGGGUACUACAUUGCGACAAAUGGCUAUUUGUAAACCACAUAGCAUGACAGGUUUGAACCAUUUUAGCGAUUUUUUGAUAAAACACGAACGCAACUCUCUCGUCGAUAAACAACGAUGGCACCUGCCGCGACCUUUUGUUUCCUUGUUAUGACGUCUUCGCCUCAUUCGGCUGUUUCCGGAAUACUUUCGGAAAUGUUCGUAAUUUUCGAUCUAUUUUCGAUAAUUGCUCAUGAAUGCGAUUUAUUUUUUUGUUAACUUUAUUAAUAUUUGUUAUCUUGCCACAUAACGGUUCUAUUGAUAUCUCACAGCCCCUUAGUGUUUUCAUACCCUUUAAGCCUGAGAGGAUUUUUGAACAAUUUUGGAAUUAAUGUUCAAAACAUUAAAAAAAAAAAAAAAAAAAAGGAGGGGGGUGCAUCAAUAUUCGUUUUAUGAUCGAAUCAGAGCCUCUGAAUCAUAAUCGAAUCAAAUCGUUAAGUGCCCAAAGAUUCCCAGCUCUAUGGAUUUCUGUUGAAAAACUACGAAAACUGUACCGCAUACAAACAGGAAGGAUUGUCUCAGGAGUGAUUUGUCCGAGGAUUCAAGGUAAUUAUUAUAUUUUUCGUACCAUGCAUGCAUUUUGAAACGUGAAAAAUAUUAAUGGGAAAAAUUAGCCGCUAAUGCAUUGGCAUCAUAGUUCGCAAUAUUUACGUAAAAUUAAUGCUAACUGGCUGUUGUUUUUUUCCCCCUUAAAACCAAGAAUUGAGACUGUUUUACUUCCAUAUCUAUAUAGAAUUCAGGAAUUUAAGCAUUUAUUCACAAGAAUUUUCACCGGGAAAGCUCUGUUUACAUAUGGUGGCCGCGACAUUGACUGACAGACUAGCAUCGUUCUUGACAUAUUUACAUAAUAUAAAUGCUAACUGCACGUUUUUUUGUUUGUUUGUUGCUUUUAACCAAGAAUCGAGACUGUUUUACGUUCAUAUCUAUAAAGAAUUCAGGGAUUUAAGCAUUUAUUCACAAGAAUUUUCAACAAAAACAGCUCUUUGCCUGUGAUUCCACUCGGUCAGCUUUGACGGCCGCGCCAACAAUGAGGGCCCCUAUUGAUCGGCCCCGUCAAUAUCAUCAUUAAGUCUAUGGACAAAGCCACACCACUCUAGUGGCAUGGCGGUGAAUUACAGAGCAAUGCAUUUCCUUGACGCAGAACUUCGAAUGUGCAAUUCCGUCCUCACAGGAAUGCAGAUUCAUAAAUCAGCCUUAACUAAAGUGCUAAUAUGCUUCUCCAAAACACAAUACAAACAGACACGUAAGACACUAAUUAGCAUAAUCGCUAACUAGCUUAGCGCUCCGUGCUUAGUAGUUACGUCUCAUCAACAAAGAAUACAAAGAAAAAAUUGGCUUUAUAUAUUCACCUCUAAUGGAGGCACACUGAACUAACAACACAAAAGACAAUCUAACUCUGGACAUUAAGUAAUAUUGAUUCAGCAACCCAACAGCAGCAGAAGUAGUUGCAGCAGCAGUUGUGGCAGUGAACUCUCUCUCUUGCUCUUGCGCUGCCUAACAUUACACACAAACAAGGACGCAGAAGGGGAAAAAAUUGAUUAUCAAAUUUAGUGCUGCAACGAUUAAUCAAUUAACUUGAGUAUUCGAUUAGAAAAAAAGAUUCAAAUUAAAUUUUGCUGCUUCAAGUAUUCGUUUAUUAUUGUGGAUUUGUAAUCGUUUAUUUUGAAAGUGUUUGAAUUUUUUUAUUGCUUUGAGUGGAUACACUGCCUUCUAGUCUGCCUCAUUUCACAUGGCUGAAUCCAGCUGCUCCAUGUUAAGACCAAUAUAAUCCAAGUUUUUGUUUGAGCUAAUGAUUUUUUUGGAUGCAUUCGUAAUUUAGUUUAUGGGUAACAAACAAUGUUUUGCACAAUAGCUAUUCUAUAAUUAAGAACAUUUCUGACCUUUCAAAGCUUUUUAAACAUUAUACUAAUUUAUUGCUUAAAAUAAGAAUUUUAAGCUUAUUUAUGUUCAUUCAUUUUCUGAGCCACUUAUCCUCACGAGUAGGGAUGGGAAUUGAUAGGAUUUUUACGAUUCCGAUUCCAUUAUCGAUAUUGCUUAACGAUUCGAUUCUUUAUCGAUUCUCUUAUCGAUUCUAAUUUGGGAAAAAAGAAGAACAAACGUUUUGAUUGGCAUCGAGUUUGUUUAAUCGGAAGUCGCAACCUUACAAACUCACAACGAGAUCAAAAGAGGCCCAAAGCCUCAAUGUUAACUGUGGCAAUAAGUGGCAAAUACACAAGAAUGUGUAACAUUUUACUGAAACAUUUAUCUAAUAGAAAUAAAAAAUAUUGGUAUAUAUAUAUAUAGGCAGAUAGGUUUUUGUUCUGCCUUUGGCAAUAUGUGUUAAAGCAGGGGUCCCCAAACUUUUUCCUGUGAGGGCCACAUAACUUUUCCCUUCUCUGAUGAGGGGCCGGGGUCAGUUUGUUACAGAAAAAGUGUGACGAUUGCAGAAGUGCAUAAAUGUAAAAAAUUAUUGUUUUUCAGAAAGCCACAAUCAAAUAACCCUUUCUGGAUUCUUUAUAAUAAUAAUAAUAAUAAUUAAUAAUAAAAACACUAUUAAUCAAAUAGAUAAUAACCAAAUAACCCUCUCUGAAUUCUUCAAGGAAAAGGCCAGAAAAUAAAUAACACGAUUGAGAAAAAAAAAAAAAAAAAAUUCAAAAUGGCCGGACCAAAUGUGGAGGCGGGCCAUAUUUGGGCCGCGGGCCGCAGUUUGAGGACCACUGGAGCGCGCAUACACCCAAAGAAGAAAUGCCGCAUCCAAGUGAGUGAGAGAGGGAAACACUUCUACGAGCCUACGUUCUUUGUUAAUGUUAAUAUCUACAGAGGCAACGCCUGUGAUGCGAAGAUGGAGAAACUGGCUCGUCUGUCUCUGGCAGCCGGGUGCAUUUCCGACAGCGAUCGGUCCUACGUGCUGGACGUGGCGCUGCCUCCCUCAAGCGGGGUGGGGGUGGCAGCCUCGCGCUGCGACCGCUCGCUGCGAUUGCACGACGAGGCCACGCUGCGUCCCGUUGGCGAGUAUCGCGGUCACACCGGGCGCGUGUGCGGCCUGACCUUCGCUCGCACACGGUCCGGCCUCCUCUACUCGGCGUCAGCUGACGGGACCGUCCGCGGUUGGGAUGUCCGCCGCCCGGGGACGGACACUGCCCAGCUAUUCCGCGGCGACCCAUCGCACGUCUUCUGCAGCUUCGACCUGAGCUGUGGCGACGCGCUGCUCUGCGCCGGCACCUCGGUACUUUCACGCUAUUCAUUUAAUGUCCGGCGACCGAACCAGCAAUCGAUCGAUACGUCUUUUUUUUGUUUUGCCAUUCAGCUGGAGGGUGGAGACAGCUUCUUGGUGUUCUGGGAUAGCAGGAAGGCCGGCUCGGCGCCGCUGGGUGUCUAUUCAGAGUCGCACGGUGACGAUGUCACGCAGGUGCGCUUCCACCCGUGCAACAAGGACCGGCUGGCGUCAGGCGGAACCGAUGGCCUGGUCAACGUCUUCGACCUGCGCCGGGGCUCUGAGGAGGAGGCGCUGCUACGCACGUGCGACGCCGGGUCCUCGGUAGCCACCGUAUGCUGGGGCGGCGAGGGAGGACGGCGCCUGCUGUGUCUCACGCACGACGAGGGUGUGCGCCUGUGGGACCUGGACUUGGAACAACCGCACGCCAUCUUGGACUGCCCUGACGCGCGUCGCCUGACUGUGACGUCAGACAGUGGGGGCCCCGACUACCUGCUGGGUGGCGCCCGGCUGGAGGGGCGGGCUCAGCUGCUGGUGGCGGGCGGGGACCGGGACGGCAGCGUCCUGCUGAUGGAGUGCGACGUCAACGGGCUCAGGCAUCUGGGGACUCUGCGUGGGGGGCACGCCGCCACCGUCAGGUGCUUCGCCUGGGAUGAGGGCCGGGGGGCACUCUUCACCGGCGGGGAGGAUGCACGCCUCUCGCUGUGGAAAGCGGAGGGCGGCAAAAGUUCUGCCUUCAAACUCAAAUCCGCAGCAACAAAAAAACACAGACGUGCCAACAAGCCACCAUACUGACCAACAAACGUGAUACAACUUUACACUUGACCACCGAUCCAUUUGGACUGGAAAAAACUGAACGUCUAUUACUGUCAAUGGCCAUUUUCUUUUUUUCCCUCUUGCCCAGUGACAAUAAAUGAAUGGUGACUGUGAAUGGCAGUCCUCUCAGUUUAAGUGCGUUGGAAGACAAAAGGUUAAUUUGUCUUACUACCUUGUAAUUUUAGGGUAUUUACCAGUUACUUCAUGUAUAUUUUGGGGCAUCCCAGAGUCACACACGGUACACUAUGGAUCACUUUCUAUUGAUUUUGGGCAUUUUCACAAUACUUCCUGUUGAUAACUGAUCACUUCCUGUUUGUUUCAUGUGUUUCAUUGGCUGCCGUUGACGACGCUACGUGCAUUAUCGUGACUAAAAUUUAGGCCGGAUUAAAACGUUCAUUUUGAAAUAUGCUGUUAAUGUACCGCAUCUAUGUCGUUCGUGAAAAAAAAGUCGCUAUUUCAAAGUACACACUUGACCCACCAAGUUAUUUUUAGCGAACGG